UUUGGAAAGUCUUUGUUCGUGAUGGCGCAACAAGCAGUACCAGAAGGGAGGCGUUGGGCGAAACGAUUGAAAGAAAGAGAAGGAAAAUAAAUUGCAAAAAAUAUCAAUACGUUUCUCAAGGAAUUUUGGAAUAUGUUUUCUCGCAUCUGUAACUCUUUUGAGGUUUAAAUUAAAUUACUUCGUUUCUAUCACUUGCGACACACUAGAUUUUUCCUACACGAUAGAGUUUUGUUGUCGAACUAAAAUCCAAUUGCGAAGCGGAUAAAAGAGUUCAGUUGCUGUCCCUUCCUUUGUUUUUUUUUAACAUGGAGUGGAGUGUUGGUGGAUGGUCAUCGUUAGCCUCACCUCUCCUACAUUUGGUGGAGAAUGCAAUUGCAAAGAAGGUACCAACGGUGAGUACCAUUGAAUCCGUUUGUGUUUCCGUUGUUCCGGGGCCCGGAGGGCAUUAUGGGUGACGCACCGUGCUGGACACUUUGGAACCUUGAUGAGCGCUAUUGAGCGCACCCGUAAAGCGGAGCGCAUCGUGUCCGAACAGUUAGUUGAGCGAAAGCAUUCGUGAGGAUCAGUUCGAUCGUUUUGGUAAUCGGCAAAGUUUUGCAAACUCACUCACGGUGAAAAAACGCGAACAAAUCGAAUAUUUUUGGACGGUGAACGCUAGCGAAACAUAAGUGACAGAACGGAUUUGGCUGGAUCUUUCAUCAAAAAAGUUGAAAAUUACCCAGAACGAAGAGAGCACAAAACAAAGCAAAACGGGCGAUAAAAUGCUGAUCACAACGGAUAAUGAUUUUCAUGUGGAAAACGAUGGUUUGCGCAAGAACACGGUCCGGUGCGACUUCUCCUUCCUGAGACGGGAUCUUUCCGUGCUGGAGUUGCACGGCUUUGUCGAGCACUAUCUGCAGCUGGCACCGGAACAUGUGACAUAUCUGCAGUGGAACGGUGUCGAGCGCUGUCUGUAUCUGCGCCUGUGCGAUCUGUGCACGGCCCGGCGUCUUGUGGCGGUGCACAGCCGACGGCAUACGUUCCCGGAGGGGCGCCACGGUGCCCGCGUCACGAUGAAGCUUAUCGACGUGCCGAUGGAGGUGCUGAUGUUCGAUCUAUCCGAGCUGGUGACGGAUGAGCAGGUACAUGCAACGAUGGCACAGUACGGGGUGGUCAUCGCGAUCGGGCACAGCCACUGGGGCCCUGGUGUGCGUUACGCCGGCACCCCAAGCGGUCAACGAUUGGUGCGCAUGGUUAUGCGCAAAACGGUACCAAAAUACGUGCGCAUCGGUAACGAGGUGUCGUCCGUCUACUACCCUGGCCAACAAUAUAUGGAACCCCGGGCUGGAUAUCGCUUGCUGCAUAACGUUGUCCUUGGAUGGAACUUUAUGGGACGGAUGGUACGCACAAUCUCACCGACAAACACUUACAAACGGCUGGACGAAGAAUAAGCGAAUGAAUUCAACUUCAACGC